GACCCGCCGCGUCAGUCUAAGGCGCUGACUCCACAAGCGAGAGAAUCGCAACGAGUCCGCGCUUCUAUCGUCGGACAAUCUCCACGAACGAGCGAUAAUUCCGCCGCGUAUCGUCGCGAGUCGUAACGGAAUCGCAGAGUUUCCGCGGCGACUCGUAACGGUAUCCCCGCGUUUCGUUGACGACGCGUUCCGAAAGAAAGAAUUCAGUUACGUGCCAGACGAGAGCGAAAUAGUGUCUCAGUCGAUAAAAUAACUCUUUAUUAUGGAUAUAGUGUUAUGGGGUGCUUCUGCAAGUACGCUAGUGAAUAUGCAGUUAUUGUUAUUGUUAAAAAGGGAAAAGAAGCGCCGUUGGUGGACACAUCCCAUGUUGCUACGUCGUGAAAGUCAUGGACAUUUCCAUGUGAAUUAUGAAGAAUAUCGAAAUCAUCCAGAAUGGUUUGAAGAUGAAUAUUUAAUGCCAAUUCCUAUUUUCGAUGAACUGUUAAGUUUACUAUCAAGACACUUAUCAAAACAAGAUACUAAUAUGAGGAAAAGUAUCGGGGCAUGUGAAAGAUUAGCAGUAACACUACAAUAUCUCGCUUCUGGAACAAGUUAUAAACGCCUUCAGAAUAAGUACAGAAUUUCGAAAAAAACUUUGGUUAAAUUAAUAAAAGAAACAUGUGGAAUUGUAUGGAAAGUGCUAGCACCUAAAGAAAUGGCAGCCCCGAACAAAGAAUCGUGGAAAAGAAUCUCAGAAGGAUUUAAAGACAACGCGAAUUUCCUACAUUGCUUGGGAGCACUAGACGGCAAACACAUUCGAAUUCAGUGCCCUCGGAAUUCCGGUUCUCUAUACUUUAAUUAUAAUAAGUACAACUCAAUCGUUUUAUUGGCUUUGGUGGAUUCGAAUUGUUUAUUUACUGUGAUUGACGUAGGUUCUUAUGGCCGUGAAAAUGAUUCUACCAUUUUUCAAUCUUCAAUUCUACGCCAGAAGCUAAAUAAAGAAGCCCUUGAUUUGCCGGAAGAAGAAGAACUGGUAUUUGGCGGACCCAAAAUGCCAUAUGUGAUUGUAGCUGAUGAGGCCUUUGGUAUUCAUCGAAAUUUAAUGCGACCGUAUCCAGGUCGAUGUCUUCCUACGGAUAAAAAGAUUUUCAACUACCGACUCUCGUGCGAGACGUUACGUAGAAUGUGUCUUUGGGCAAAUCACCUCAAAAUUUCGAUUAUUUCAUAAUACAAUAAAUCUUCAACCGGACAGUUCAAUCCUUGUAGUAAAAGCAGCUUGCGUUUUGCACAACUUCAUAAAGCAUCGAGCAUUAAAUGCCACUGACGGGGAAAAGGAAGACAUAUCCAAUCAACAAAAUAUGACACCUGUACUUCAAAGGACAAGGAAUUCGGGGUUGCAAAUUCGAAACUUAUUUAAAGAUUAUUUUAACAAAUUGGGCGCGGUUCCUUGGCAAAAUGACCAGAUCGUUUAAUGAAAAUUAUGUUAUAAUUAUUGUUGAAACAACGAUUUUGUACCGACGAAUGUAUAUUAUUUUGUUAUAUCAUAGAAAAUUACUUAAAAAUUAAAAAUAUUAACCUUGUAAUAAUAAUAUUGUACGCCUAUCUUUUUCUUUUUUUUCUUUAGAAGUUAGGUCAUCCCACUCUGUGAACAUAGCACUUCCCACAUCGUACCAAUACUUGACCUUAAUUUCUCUGUUUCGAUACUCGGCCAACUGAAC